AUGCGGCGACUGCAUUUUACUAGUGAAAUGAAUACCUGGGUGUCUGGGGACGGGACAGGUCCUGGUGCUGUGGGGAGGGAGGAGGGAAAAGAAGACGGGGUGGGGAGACUGAAGACAGAUGCGGGUGUAGUCCAGGAGCCCGAGUCCUUGGCGAGACUCAGAAUGGGAGUGGUCCGUGCCCUGCGUGCAGGUGGGCACCGUAAGGGGUCCCCACCUGUGAGCCGUCGUCAGGGGCUUUUGGCCACUGCAGCGUGGACCCACCAGCCAGGGCAGGGGACCCCCAGCCUCAGGCAGCACCGCCCUCUGUGUGCCCCUCUGGCCGGCAUCCCUGUUCUGACCGUGGCAGUUGGGGAGAGCGGCCAGAAGGCAGCCAAGCUGGCCGAUGACUCUCCUGGAAUGAGACAGGACUGUGGAAAACGUUUUUAA